ACCGCGCCUGGAGCUCUGGAUCGGGCUGAAACAUGUUCCUCCUGUGGGUCCCGCUCGGGUUGUUCCUCAGCUUCAUCGUCUCUCAGACGUGGAGCGUUCAGUUGUCGUGGGAAAACUGGAACGCGGGGAAUGAGUUCGACAAGCCGAGCUCUCAGCCGCACAUCGUGUUCAUCCUGGUGGACGACCAGGGCUUCAGGGAUGUGGGCUACCACGGAUCGGAGAUUAAAACCCCGACCCUGGACCGGCUGGCAGCGCAGGGAGUCAAACUGGAGAAUUACUACGUUCAGCCGCUCUGCAGCCCGUCCAGGAGCCAGCUCAUGACCGGCAGGUAUCAGAUCCACACAGGCCUUCAGCACUCCAUCAUCAGAGCAACCCAGCCCAACUGCCUCCCCCUGGAAAACGUCACGUUGCCUCUGAAGCUCAGACAAGCGGGAUAUGCCACCCACAUGAUUGGAAAGUGGCACUUAGGCUUCUACAAGCGUGGCUGCCUGCCCACCCAGCGCGGCUUUGACACCUUUUUCGGCUCUUUACUGGGCAGCGGGGACUACUACAGUCACUAUAAAUGUGAAGGGCCCGGUAUGUGUGGGUAUGAUUUGUAUGAAGGCGAGGAGGCAGCUUGGGAGCAGGACCGCGGCUUAUACUCGACUGUGAUGUUUACUCGAAAAGCUAUCAGCAUCUUAGCCAAUCACAACCCUCGUAGACAGCCUUUGUUUCUCUACCUGGCCUAUCAGGCAGUUCAUUCCCCACUGCAGGUUCCUGCACGCUACCUCGAACGUUACAAAGGUAUACCAAACCUUCAUCGGCGUAAAUACGCAGCCAUGGUGUCCUGCUUAGACGAAGCCAUCCACAACCUCACGUUAGCCCUCAAGCGCUUUGGGUACUAUGACAACACAGUCAUAGUGUACUCUUCAGACAACGGGGGUCAGCCGUUAGCAGGUGGGAGUAACUGGCCCUUAAGGGGGAGUAAAGCCACUUACUGGGAAGGAGGGAUCAGAGCCGUGGGCUUUGUUCACAGCCCUCUGUUGGUGAACAAAGGUACAAAAUGUCGGUCUUUGGUCCAUAUCACUGACUGGUUCCCCACACUGGUGACUCUGGGUGAAGGGACUCUAGAAGAAGAUCUAAACCUGGAUGGGUACGAUGUCUGGGAGGCUAUCAGUGAAGGACGCCCAUCUCCUCGCCAAGACAUCCUCCACAAUAUCGAUCCAAUCUAUAUUAAAGCUAAAAAUGGCUCAUGGAAAGCCGGAUACGGCAUAUGGAACACAGCGAUCCAGGCUGCGAUCCGUGUGGGCCACUGGAAGCUCCUGACAGGCGUCCCUGGCUACAGCGACUGGGUGCCACCACAGACUUUCUCCAACCAGCGACUGACCAAUCGCUGGCACAACGAACGCGUCCGCUGGGACCGUGGUAAAUCCGUCUGGCUCUUCAACAUCACAGCAGACCCGUAUGAGAGGGUGGACUUAUCUCAGCGACACCCUCACAUAGUGAAGAAGAUGCUAAUGCGGCUAUCGCAGUACAACAAGACUGCAGUGCCGGUACGCUACCCGGCUAAAGACCUGCGCUCCAACCCUCAGUAUAACGGGGGCGUUUGGGGACCAUGGUACAAAGACUUAAAGGAGCAGCAGGAGGUGGAUGAGCGAUAUAAUUACUUGUUUAACAACCAUCUUGGUAAAAGAAGAUGGAAAAAGAAACCAGUGAACAGGAAGUUGAAAAGGAAGGUAGAGGAGUAACCUUCCAGAUUUGUGAAAGACUGAACAACAGCUGUUUUUUUCUCAGGGAUUGACUCUUCUUUUUCAGGAGUAUUCUCUUCAGAUGUUAGUUUUAACUUGACUUUAGUGUGUACUGUAUAAAAACAGUUCAGAUCAACCUUUUCUAGAUGCCUCAAAUAGAGCCCGACUGAUAUCUCUGUAGGCCAAUAUUUACAGCUGAUAGAGUCCUAUCAAAGUUAUGGAAACUUUGAAAGGAUUCCACAGACGAACAGACGGGUAUGGCCUACUCCAAGGUUUCUCAUAACGGAUAACUUGAACAAACAAUUCUUUACUACUCCUGAUUUGGUUUAGAGUCAUCAAUCUAAAAUUGUUAAGAUCAAACAUGUUUGGUAGUCUAUGGGCCUCAUUCACUAAUUGUUCCAAAGAACACAUUUGUUCUUAAAACUCUGUCUUUAAGCUGUUUUUAACAAGAUUUUGACAUUCACCAAAGUUUUCUUAUCUGUGAUUUGUUCAACUGUACGACUGUUAAAAAAUUUAUACUGGGACAAAAUACCGACUUUUUUGGUUUUCCCCCCACCAAGGCCACGCCCUCCCACAACAAGUCACAGAUUUUUGCAGAGUGUUGAGUCAACUCCUUAGCCCUUCCUGGCACAAAUUUGAUGUUAAUAUCUUGGAUCGGCUUGUGCUGUAAAGCAUUGAAUUUCCUGUCACCACUAGGAGGCGUUAUGAUCUGUGCAAAAUAUAAGCAUAUGAAUGCUUUCAGAUCUUAAACCUUUCGAUACAUGGAACGAUUCAUUCAGUUAUGUAAGUAAUCCACAGCUGAGUUAUGGGCUACUUCUAGUUUCUUGAAAAAUAUGCAAAUUUGAAGGCUCGCCAUGACCAUACCAUUUGAGAUUUAUACAAAAUUUUUCUCUUCUAGCUACCUACCAAAAUUCAGCUUGAUUGGAUGAACUCCCUCAGAGAAGAUAGUCCUUUAAGGACCCCUGACAUGGCAAAAAAACCCACAAAAUUUUCCACUUUAAUUCCAAAUGACAGAUUUCCUGUUGAGAAUUGAACACCAUGAACAUAAGAGAGUUUUCUGUUGAUGUCGGAAAGAUAAAUAUUUGUACCAAUUUUCAUUUUUGUGGGUUGACAUUAACAACGCUGAAGAACAGCACAGGUCAAAAUGCAUCUGUUGUGACCAGUGCCUUGCCUAGAAUAAACUGCUUAAGAGGACAUUUAUUUAAUGCUGAAAUCUCAGUUUUAGUAAGUCUUUUUUCAUAAUGCACCUUAAGAAGUUUAAUGCUCCUUUGAUUAAUUUAAAUUUAAUAUAAUCAAUCAGCAUGUCUGGGGGUUUGAAGGUCAAUCCAAGCUGCUGUGCUUCAUGCGUAUUGCGCACAAAUGAAUGGCUGGAGGAUAGGAGAGACCAGAGCUCAUUCAGCACUCUAAAAUAAAAGAACUCUAAUUGAUAUGUUUGGAAUGAAAGCUAUUCAGAUAAGAAGUAUUAAUCAAAACAAAACAAAAACUUCAUUUGUUUCAUUGAGCAUCGGACAUUUCAGACUUUCUUAGAUCUCGUUUUGAGUCUCAUGAAGAGUCCGAAGAGACCAGUUUAUCUCCACUGUAUCCAGUAUAUCACUGCCUCUCUCUCCACACUUAUAAUUUGCCUUUAUUUAUAAUAAUAAUACCUGAGGUAUCACGGCCACUCUUUUCUCAGUACAGGAAGUUUCAGGCUGGCUUCCUCCUGUUAACAUUCUACUUCUUUUAAGAGCCAAACCCCAUUUUUUGUUGAGCUGACCACAUUUUCCUAAAAUCCAAAUAUAAAUUAUAUUAAAUCCGUUAUCAUUUGAACAGAAAGCACUAUGAUAACAUCGUAUACAAGUUUAUAUCAUGGAUGUAGGCUUAUAAAUUAGAUACUCUAAUAUCAGCUGGAACUGGGUUAGCAUACCACAUGAGUCAGGAUGUAGACAUACUGCCAUAUCAAUGUAAUACUGGCCUCACCCUAUGUAAUCUGGUGAAUAUCAGCAUACACCCUGAAAUAAACAUAUCAGUUGGGCUCUGUCCGCCCUAAACCAGUCAGAGAUCCUCUCGUUCAAACACUACUGUCAUGCCCAGACACAACUGAAACCUCAUGUUAACAUUCGGGGCAUUCAAAGAAUGUUUAUUUUUCUAGAUCGUGUUGCAUGCUUGAACUGUUGUCACCU